CAUAAUUCGGCAAGGCAACGGACAGGCCGUUGUCAACAAAAUCGUACAAUAAAAUGGGUAAUUUAUGUUGAUAUUGCACACUACCCACUAUGCAUAACUCAAGUUACAUAUAACGCUGUUCUGUUCAACUCUCAUGCAACAAUCAUGCAGUGCCAACAACCGCCAUUUGGAAUCGGUUUCCCUUAUCCUGGUCAAUAUAUUCCAAGCAAUCCAGUAAAUCCAUUCAACGGUUUAGCUCCAGAUGUAAUUGGCGAAGGCGAAGUUAAAUCCAUAACUUUCCCGGACGGCACUAUCCAGUAUUACUUCUUGCCUAUUAGAUGGCCAACCGACAUCUACUUGAAACGAUGGCCACCGCACCCUUUCGAUGAAAUGUAUUGCAAUUCUUACAGUAAACCUAAUACAGGAGUUUGGAUUAUAAGAAAUUUCUCUAACACGGUAUCGCCCGUAUAUAAUCAAUAUUGGCAAAGAACGAGCCUUGAUCCUUUCUCUAAACCCUGUUUUGGGUUUGACGGCAGCGUUAUACCAGGAGGUUUUCAGCUAAAGGCAGACGCAAGGUCCAUAACCAUCAUUACAGGAAUAUUUCCCUAAAAAUAAUUUUGACUGUUAUUAUAGUUUCACAAUGACGGUUGGACAUCAACUACGGACCUUCAUUGCUUUUGUCCAUACGUUCCUCCUGUCGCUUAUACAUGUUCGACUGCAGUGCAAGUAGAAACACCAAAGGAUACGAAUAAUUGCUGCCAAAUUGCAGACCACGAUAAUUCUUGUACCAAAGCACAUUGUAGGCAUACAAAAGAGUUUAAUAAUGGCAGAAGUAAAUGUGACUGUAGAAACUUUGGUAAGAAUACCGCUAGUCAUAUGUCGAUCGAUAAACCGAAAAGAAGCUUAAGUCGUUCAAAAACAAGCCCAAGUACUUCAAAAGAAAGCGUUAAAAUAUCAAAAAGCAAGCAAAAGAAAUCAAGUUCGCGUAAAGAAACAAAAUAUAGUGAUAUAAUUUGCAAGUGUGCCUCGCAAAGUUCUGCAGAAACUCAAUUUUAUAACGUUAAAAAAAAAUCUCAAAAAAGUAAUCGACCCACUGGGAAGGGUAGCAAAUUAGACGUAAAUGAGGACGAGGAUAAGUCUGAGAAAGCAAAGACGUACGACAUGGGGUGUAAAGUGUGUGACUUACUAAGAGUUACUGAUAAGCUAGUGGCAACAUAUAACGACCAAGCUAGUGACGUCAAAGAGGUCGAGGGAGCAACGCAAACUGGAUGUGGCCCGAGCUGCUCGUGGUCUUCCACCGAUCUGAGAGGACACACAUCGCGGUUUAAGAAGAAAAGGUUGCUCUGUCGAAACAAGAAGAGGGCUGCAAGGUCGACUGAGCAACUCAUAGGCGUCUACGAUGCACCCAGUAGCGAAUCUUAUAGUUCAAAGUGUGAAACGAGCUAAUCAAAACACAUCAAAUGUAUUGUGGAUUUAUAUUUUGUUAUUAUACAUUUUAUCGCUUAUAAUUACAUGUAUUUACAGUGUGGAUAAAAUAGUACAUACAGCAAUAAACAAAACCAUAGUUCAGAUUUUUGUAUCGUUAUUUUUAAAGUAAUGACAAAACUAUAACUGCAAACAUAUCAGUCCUAAGGCUUAUUGUUAACCUUUGAGACUAGCACAGUUGUACGCCCAUGCUUACAAUAAAUCAUAAAAUCAAAUGAGGAAGACUUUGAAAUACUAUACAAGUCAUUUUCAUUAAAAUACGCUUUGGUAGAAAAGAAAUGACUCGCAUUAUGAAUCGAUUUGGUAAAUCAUUACAUACCGAUUUGCAAAUAGAUCAUAAAUAAACCGUUAAAACAAUUUAACACUUAUACCUAGUAUUGCGUAAGAAUACAUAGUACUUGAACGGAUACCUUCAUAAUAUAGUCUUUGAACCAGAUUUUUAGAAAACUCAUAUGUGUAAUGUUGUCUCAUUUG